AAUAAUAAUAAUAAUAAUAAUAAUAAUAAUAAUAAUAAUAAUAAUAAUAGUAAUAAUAAUAAUAGUAAUAGUAAUAAUAGUAAUAAUAGUAAUAAUAGUAAUAAUAGUAAUAAUAGUAAUAAUAGUAAUAAUAGUAAUAAUAGUAAUAAUAGUAAUAAUAGUAAUAAUAGUAAUAAUAGUAAUAAUAGUAAUAAUAGUAAUAAUAGUAAUAAUAGUAAUAAUAGUAAUAAUAGUAAUAAUAGUAAUAAUAGUAAUAAUAGUAAUAAUAGUAAUAAUAGUAAUAAUAGUAAUAAUAGUAAUAAUAGUAAUAAUAGUAAUAAUAGUAAUAAUAGUAAUAAUAGUAAUAAUAGUAAUAAUAGUAAUAAUAGUAAUAAUAGUAAUAAUAGUAAUAAUAGUAAUAAUAGUAAUAAUAGUAAUAAUAGUAAUAAUAGUAAUAAUAGUAAUAAUAGUAAUAAUAGUAAUAAUAGUAAUAAUAGUAAUAAUAGUAAUAAUAGUAAUAAUAGUAAUAAUAGUAAUAAUAGUAAUAAUAGUAAUAAUAGUAAUAAUAGUAAUAAUAGUAAUAAUAGUAAUAAUAGUAAUAAUAGUAAUAAUAGUAAUAAUAGUAAUAAUAGUAAUAAUAGUAAUAAUAGUAAUAAUAGUAAUAAUAGUAAUAAUAGUAAUAAUAGUAAUAAUAGUAAUAAUAGUAAUAAUAGUAAUAAUAGUAAUAAUAGUAAUAAUAGUAAUAAUAGUAAUAAUAGUAAUAAUAGUAAUAAUAGUAAUAAUAGUAAUAAUAGUAAUAAUAGUAAUAAUAGUAAUAAUAGUAAUAAUAGUAAUAAUAGUAAUAAUAGUAAUAAUAGUAAUAAUAGUAAUAAUAGUAAUAAUAGUAAUAAUAGUAAUAAUAGUAAUAAUAGUAAUAAUAGUAAUAAUAGUAAUAAUAGUAAUAAUAGUAAUAAUAGUAAUAAUAGUAAUAAUAGUAAUAAUAGUAAUAAUAGUAAUAAUAGUAAUAAUAGUAAUAAUAGUAAUAAUAGUAAUAAUAGUAAUAAUAGUAAUAAUAGUAAUAAUAGUAAUAAUAGUAAUAAUAGUAAUAAUAGUAAUAAUAGUAAUAAUAGUAAUAAUAGUAAUAAUAGUAAUAAUAGUAAUAAUAGUAAUAAUAGUAAUAAUAGUAAUAAUAGUAAUAAUAGUAAUAAUAGUAAUAAUAGUAAUAAUAGUAAUAAUAGUAAUAAUAGUAAUAAUAGUAAUAAUAGUAAUAAUAGUAAUAAUAGUAAUAAUAGUAAUAAUAGUAAUAAUAGUAAUAAUAGUAAUAAUAGUAAUAAUAGUAAUAAUAGUAAUAAUAGUAAUAAUAAUAAUAAUAAUAAUAUGGACGGUCGGAUUCGGUCACCGAUGAAUUCAAAUCACCCACUCGAAACUGAUCGACUUAAUCCUUAUAAAUAUAAUAUUUCCUCCGCACGGACCCGACUACGACUACCUGCCUCUACCCGAUUGCGUCACCCAAAUUCAACAUGGGUCGGACGGAUUAUUUUGUCCACCUCUAAAAUGAAUUGUUCUUGA